UAAAGGUUAUUUGUUAUUGAGUCGGUUUGGGACCAUAGACCACAUAUCUUUCCUAAUGCAAGUGCGUUAAUGGUAGUGCUGUUAGGGAUGAGGUUUUUGGAAGGCUGAGGCGUUUCAUAUUAAACAGGAAAACGAGGCAUAAAGGGCUGCACUCUCUUAUCGCUGAAUUGCAAAUACAAGGGCGCGCAAAUGAGGAAGAGAUUCCAGAGUUGCUUUUCUAUUCGUCAGCCAAUCGGGAGCAAGGCUGAAAGAAUCGCUGGCCUUCUGACACCUCAUUUCAACCAAUCAAAUAGCUAUGCGCGUUCCGUACGCGGUAAAUGUAAGCUACCAGGGGCCGAGAGUUCGUUUUUUCAAAAGGGGCGUAUUUUUCAAGCCAUUUUAAUUGGAACCCAACAUCCUGGUUCGAGCGACUGCAGGACGCAACAGUAAAAUAUUACACUGUGAAAUAUAGACGCAGUGUCACACUAAAUAAAAGCUAAAUUACAGAUGUGCAAUUCAAGCUGGAACGGACCGUUUGUUGGAAGUCAUAUCAAUGGAGGACUAACGUAACGUCGCUGGCUGCAGACUCGGACGCUGUCACUCUGGAUAUGACCGGCUUUCACGGUCGAACAUAGUUGCGCGGGAGACGAGGGAGCGAAUACCGAUGCGGAAGAUCCGAAGGAGAGGUGGGCCGGCCGGUAGUGGCGGCUUCGGCAGGGGUCGGGGGCGAGGCCGAGGGAGGGGGGGCCACCACUCUUACGAUGACCCCAACCUGCAGCUGCGCCCCCACUCCCCGUGCCGCCUGAACCUGUCGGUUACCCGGGAGACGCUGACGUACGCGCAGGCGCAGAAGAUGGUGGAGGUGGAGCUGGACGGGCGUCUCCACCGCAUCAACAUCUCCGACCCGCUGAGCGUCAUCACCGAGGACGAGAUGACCGCGCAGGACCUGGCCGAGUGCAACAGCAACAAGGAGAACAGCGAGCAGACGCCCGCGCACACCAUACAUACGUUCACCCGCGUGGCAUCUGGACUUAGUGCAGACACCUGUCUCUUCAGGCUGAAUAAGAUCUGCACAGGCGUGGCCGUCCAGAGGAAGAAUCAGUUCAUGCAGCGUCUCCAUAACUACUGGCUGCUCAAGCGCCACUCUCGCAACGGAGUCCCACUCAUCCGACGCCUCCACACACACCUGCAGAACCAGAGAGCCGCUGACCAGAGAGAGCCAGAUGAGAAGCUGCAGGCAGUGCGUGAGGAGCUGAAGUAUUGGCAGAAGUUGAGACAAGACCUGGAGAAAGCACGCCUACUGGUGGAGCUGAUACGCAAGAGGGAGAGACUGAAGAGGGAGCAGAUGAAGGUCCAGCAGGCGGCGCUAGAGCUGCAGCUGACCCCGGGGCUGGUGCUUUUGCGCUCCACACUGGACCAGCUGCAAGAGAAGGACUCGGCCGGCAUCUUCACCACACCGGUCAGCCUGAAGGAGGUGCCGGACUACCUGGAGUUCGUGUCCGAGCCGAUGGACUUCAGCACCAUGCGAAGGCUGCUGGAGGAAGGCCAGCCGGGCUGGAAUGUCUGGGCGCGGACCAGCGGGGGGCGCACUAAGCGCAUCAGGCUGCUGCGCCGGGAGGUGAACAGCCUGCGCCACAAACUGAGCCACCGCCGCCGCCUCCCCACACCACUCUGCACCUCCCCCCUGAAGGAGGAGGACGAGGAGCAGGACCAGGAGCAGGAGGAGGCAGAGGCAGGGAGGGAGGCCAAGAGCAAAGAGGAGUACGCCACCAUACCAUCACAAACGCCAGAAAACCACAAACCUAAAACCCCUCCCCCUACAACUCCAUCAUGCCCCGCCUCCUCCCCCCUGCCUGGGGAUGCCCCUCCCCUAGCCCCUUCCCUGGGGCCAGAGAGCACGGGCACACACACGCCAGGCACACACACUGGCACGCGCACGGCAGGGCGACCGGAGGGCACGGACACAGCAGGCACGCCCACGGGCACACACACCCAGGGCACGCGCCUGGCGGCGCGCUCACGAGGCAGGGGUCGCAGGCGUGUAGAGGGCCAGGGGGUGGGGUCAGACAAGGCAGAGACCCCCCAAGCAGAGGUCGGGGAGACCCCAAACCUGCCCGAGGGGGGCGAGAAUGGACUGCCCUACUCGACUGUGCCAAGCGUUGCCACGGUGAUGGGAGUGGGCCGCCGCACGUCUGUCCUGUUUAAGAAGGCCAAGAACGGCGCGCGGCAGAGGAAGGCGGAGCCUGUGGGGCUGGUGAAUGGGGGCGGAGUGGAGAAGGGCCACAUGGAACACGCCCCUGAUCGGCCCGAACGCUUCCACUCAGAACCAGAACCCGUCUCUAAAGCAGAACCGCCCACAGAACCCGUCUCUAAAGCAGAACCGCCCACAGAACCCGUCUCUAAAGGAGACCCACCCACAGAACCCGUCUCUAAAGCAGAACCGCCCACAGAACCCGUCUCUAAAGCAGAACCGCCCACAGAACCCGUCCCCUCCUCACCCCGGCACCUGAGGUCCAGAGGGCCCAGCUCCGACUCCGAAAGCCAGAACACACACACACCUGUGCCAGCCCCUGCCCUGGCCCCACAGACCCACAAGCCAACCUUGGACUUGGACACACACACACACACACACACACCCUUCAAAGACAGCGCCUUGACUAACGGGUGUAAGAAGCACAGAGACGACUCCCCCGACUCCCUGGAGAGUGGCACACACACUCAUGAAACCCACAGCUCGCCUCCUCCCAAACGCAGCCGAGGCAAGCCGGCCCUCUCCAAAGCACCUGCGGCAGAUCUGGAGAACGGGGACAUCGGCACAGGUGAGGGCUUGCUGGAGUCCCAUGAGGGAGAGGAGGAGGACCUGGCGCCCCUCCACCUGGUGUGGGCAAAGUGCAGAGGGUACCCCUCUUACCCCGCCAUGAUGGUGGACCCGUGCAUGCCGCGGGAGGGGCUGCUCCAUAACGGCGUGCCCAUCCCCGUGCCACCCAGAGAGGUGCUGAAACUGGGCGAGCAACGGCAGGCCGAGUGCGAAGAUAAACUCUUCCUCGUGCUCUUCUUCGACACCAAGAGGACCUGGCAGUGGCUUCCUCGGGACAAGCUGCACCGCCUGGGCCUGGACGACGCGGUGGACAAGCUGCGGCUGGUGGAGGGGAAGAAGCCCAACGUGCGCAAGUCUGUGCACACGGCCUACAGCCGGGCCAUCGCCCACCUCAGCCAUGUCAGGGGCAACGCCAACUUCAGCCCCUCCAGCUACAUCUAGCCCACCACAGGGUCCCCCAGGGCACUGCCACUCUACACACUCACAGGGUCCCCCAGGGCACUGCCACUCUACACUCACCGGCGCCACAACGCCAUGGGGCACUGACCUGCCCAAGGGAACAAAGCCACUAAUCCGCUGAUCAACUGUGUGUGUGUGUGUGUG